AUGAAGGAGUACGUGAGGGCCUACCUGCCACGUCCUCCCCAGACGCGAUUGCACUUCAACUGGAAGUUUGUCGUGUCACUCUUCGUGGUAUGGGUGAGCGUCAUCCAUUUUUUCGAGCGGAUCCAGCCGGGCUGGUUGAUUGGCCGGUGUCAGUGGAACCGGUGGGAGCAGGCUGCCCCCGACCACCACCGGGUUGCUAUCAUCGCUGAUCCUCAGAUCAUCGACGACUAUCUGUAUCCUAAGCUUCCCCGCUGGUUCCAGAGGGUGUUUGAGUUCUGUGCCGAUAACUACUUGCGGCGAAACUACCGCUACAUCGAAGGCAACUUGGACCCCGAUACCGUCAUCUUCCUCGGCGAUUUGUUUGAUGGGGGGCGUGAGUGGAAUACUACCGGUGGUGACGACGUGUGGUUCAAUGAAUUCAAGAGGUUUCUGCUGAUAUACGACUUGAGCCUGAACCGGCGCCAUUACUGGAGCGUGCCUGGGAACCAUGAUAUUGGGUUCCAGAAUGUCACCAAAGCCAAGAGUGACCGGUUCGCUCAGUUCUUUGGCGAGUUGAACCGCGUGGUGGAGAUUGGCAACCACCUGAUCGUCAUGAUUGACACUAUCAGUUUAAGUCACCCUAACCCUGAGGUUAAUACUGAGGCUAAUGAGUUCCUCACCAACUUGGAACAGCAUAUUGUCCAUCCCGAUAACCCUCGCAUCUUGUUGACCCACGUUCCCUUAUACCGGUGGCCUGACAAACAACGCUGCGGACCUCGUCGCGAACGCAACCACCGCUUAUUCCCUUUGAUGCGAGGCGUUGAGUACCAGACGGUUAUCGAGUACGAGAUUCUGAAGCGAAUCAUGCAGACAGUGGGUCCCACGCUCAUUCUCGCUGGUGAUGACCACGAUUAUUGUGAUAUUAAGCAGGAAUUUACCCAUAAAGGACGCGACAUGGUCGCCCGAGAAAUCACGGUAAAGGCUGCUGGCAUGACUGGCGGGGUCAAAUAUCCCGCAAUCCAGCUUCUCAGUCUUCACACUGGCGGUGACAGCAACUCCUACUCCACAGAAAUGUGCUACAUGCCUGCCGCCUAUCUGCUGGUGAAAACAUAUGGUUACCUCUUCAUGGCGUCAGUAGCAUUCUUGGGGCUCCUAUACUUGUUCCCCUCCAGACUCAACCAUUUCACCAAGCGCACAAACCAAUUGCUUAACGACUCACGCUUGAAGCAGCGUUGGUACUACUGGGUCGACGAGGAACGCAACUGGCUGGGAUUCUGGUUGCACUUGGUCCUUGCUUUCGUGAUCCCAGUAGGGAUCUGGAUAUUCUACGUUCGCAGUCUCUACCACGUGUGA